AGCUUUAGGUCUCCAUGGAGACGGCUUCUCCUAGCAACCUGGAGGGCGUUGAGCUGAGCCGCUGGCGCGAUGGACGCGGAGAGCCUCCUGCUGUCACUGGAACUGGCGUCCGGCAGUGGGCAGGGCCUCAGCCCCGACCGUCGGGCCUCGCUGCUCACUUCUCUUAUGCUGGUUAAGCGCGACUACCGCUACGAUCGGGUGCUCUUCUGGGGCCGCAUCCUGGGCCUCGUAGCCGAUUACUACAUCGCUCAGGGCCUGAAUGAGGACCAGCUUGCACCGCGCAAGACUCUGUACAGCCUGAACUGCAUGGAGUGGAGCCUCUUGCCCCCUGCCACAGAGGAGAUGAUGGUGCAGACGUCAGUGGUGAAGGGCCGCUUCAUGGGGGACCCCUCACAUGAGUACGAACACACCGAGCUGCAGAAGGUGAAGGAGGGUGAUAAGGUCUUCGAAGAAGAAGUAGUGGUCCAGAUCAAGGAAGAGACCCGCUUGGUGUCCAUCAUUGACCAGAUCGACAAGGCUGUGGCUAUCAUCCCUCGAGGUGCCCUCUUUAAGACCCCUUUUGGACCUGUCCAUGUCAAUCGAACCUUUGAAGGACUGUCCUUGUCUGAAGCCAAGAAGCUCAGUUCCUACUUCCACUUCAGGGAGCCUGUUGAGCUGAAGAAUAAAACCUUGCUUGAGAAGGCUGCUUUAGACCCCUCCCUGGACUUCAUGGACUCCUUGGAGCAUGACAUCCCCAAAGGAUCUUGGAGCAUCCAGAUGGAGAGGGGCAACGCUCUGGUGGUGCUGCGCAGUCUCCUCUGGCCAGGCCUCACCUUUUACCACGCUCCCCGCACCAAGAACUGUGGCUACAUCUACGUGGGCACUGGUGAGAAGAAUAUAGACUUGCCCUUCAUGCUGUAGGAGGGGCCAGCCUGGGAACUUUUUAUGCAGAGUGUAAACAUUAUUUUCAUACAUUUCAGUGAA